AUGCCAUCCCUCAAGCAUGGCGAAUUCGUCGGCUCUCUAGACUGUGGAACCACAUCCACCCGCUUCCUCGUCUUCGACAAAUACGCCGACAUCGUCGCGCAGUACCAGAUUGAGUAUCCCCAAUAUUACCCCGAGCCCGGGUGGCACGAGCAGGAUGCAGACGAGAUCAUGGACAGCUGCGACGUCUGCAUCACCGAGGCGUGCAAGGCUCUCGAGACGGCAGGUUGGUCGAAAGAUAGUAUCAAGGUUAUCGGCAUCACGAAUCAGCGCGAGACCGCCGUCGCAUGGAGCCGCAGCACGGGCAAACCGCUUUGUCGCGCGAUUGUCUGGGACGACGGGCGCACUAAGACUACCGUCGCACAUUUUGAGCACAAGCUGGCCUAUGUCGGUUUGGAGCCAGAGCCAGGCGUUAUCAGGAAGGGUAAGGACGGCGAACAUGCCCUCAAAGAUCUCACGGGCCUCCAGUUGUCCACGUACUUUUCCGCCAUCAAGCUGCGAUGGAUGAUCGACCACCACGAAGUCGUACGGAAAGCACACGAAGAAGAUGAUCUCCUUUUCGGCACGGUAGAGUCCUGGAUUGUUUAUCGCCUGACCAACCGCAGCGUGCACAUCACGGACGUUACGAACGCGUCCCGCACGCUCCUCAUGAACCUGCGCACGCUCCAGUGGGACCCCGUGAUGCUCAAGUUCAUGGAAGUCAAGCCCUCCGUGCUUCCCAAGAUUGCGUCUUCCUCCGAGAUCUUCGGCAAGAUCGCAUAUGGCGCCCUCGAAGGCGUCAAGAUCGCCGGCUUGGUGGGAGAUCAGCAGGGCGCCCUCGUCGGGAACAAGUGUUUGAAGCAAGGGGAGGCAAAGUGCACAUACGGGACCGGCGCGUUCCUCCUCUUUUGCACCGGAGCCGAUAUCGUCUCCAGUAAGCACGGGCUACUCAGCACGGUAGCAUAUCAAGACGGUCCUACGGGAAAACCGAUCUACGCCCUCGAAGGAAGUAUUGCUGUUGCUGGUAGUGCUAUCAAAUGGCUUCGCGAUUCAAUGGGUUUACUGGCGAAUGCGGCGGAAAUCAAUACCCUGGCUGCAUCCGUGCCACGUACCGGAGGGGUCUACUUUGUGCCCGCCUUUUCCGGUCUGCUCGCACCAUACUGGGACCCUGGAGCGGGUGGCUUGCUUAUCGGCCUAUCAUCGUACACAACUCCUGCGCACAUCUGCCGCGCCACUCUGGAAGCCAACGCAUUCCAAACGCGUGAGAUCCUCGAGAGCAUGAAACUCGACUCGAAGAAGGAGCUCAAGCAUCUGAUGGUUGACGGCGGCAUGACGAACGGCGACAUGGCGAUGGAGGUGUUGGCGGACAUUGGUGGCUUCACCGUCGUCCGGCCUGAGAUGCGAGAGUCCACCGCCCUCGGGUCAGCACUCCUCGCCGGAUCUGCGAUCCGCCUCUUUGGCUGGAACCUCAGUAAGCCCGAGACGCUCGUCGAGGUGAACACGAAGGGAACGCGCGAAUUCAAGCCUGGUAUGGCGGAGCUGCAGCGCGAGAAGAAGUGGCUGGGGUGGAAGCGAGCGGUCGAGCGGUCUCUUGGCUGGGAGGAGGGUAUCGAUGAAUGA